AUGUCACAGCAGAAGCAACAAUCCUCAGAGCUCCCAAAUGCUCCCAAAUGUUCACCUCCCAAAGGCCCAAACUUCUGUCUGACUUCCUGCUCAUCUUCUUGCGGGACUUCUUGUUCAGCAGGCUAUUCUUCCCAAUUGCGAAGGUUGGGGCUUCGGAACACUGCCAAUCGCAAGAAAAUUCACCACCCACAACCUCGCUGUCUUAGGGGUGGCACCACCUACCACUGCAAAGAAGAAGAGUGCUAAGAAACUAUGCACAAAGGAGGGUAAAUAGCUACAGUGACCUCUCCACCUAAACUCAUGAAUUCCACCAGGGUAGCCAGACCCUACACCUCUCUUGGCUAGGAAAACAUUUCUUGUUUUUCUCUUUAACCCACCCUUUCAGUUCAACAACAAUAAAAUUGAUCAUGUGCAUA